UCGAUCGCCACGAGCUUAUCGGACUCGCGAUCUGAUCCGAAAAGUUGAAAAACAAAGUGAAGAUAAAUUAAUUAGCAAUUAGCCAGUGUAAAUAGAGUGUUGUCAGCCGACUAGCCGCAGCAGCUGAGCUGAUAGUUCCGCUUCUGCCCCGCGUGGCACCGAAACAAGCAACGAGCAAGUGAAAGAGGGAGAGCAGGUGGAGAAAGGGGAGGCGGAGGAGGAGGAGCGGACAACGAGGCAGAAACAAAAGCACAAAACGGCGGACAGAACCAGUCGAAACAAAACAACAAACCGGAGCGGACGCACUCGAAAAGCGAAUAAAAUUUAUUUCUGUGCUUAGUGUGAGCCUGUAUGAGUGGCGUGUGUGUAUGUGUGCUGUGUAUAUUUAAACAAUAUUUAAAAAUCAUUCGCCAGACGACGAAAAGCGAAGAUCUCCGCUAUAGCAAAGCGGAGCAGACAGAUAAAUAAAAACAGACUCCGAGACAAAAACAACGAGACUGUGACGCAGCAAGGUGCUGGAGGUCACUCGGCCCAUUUCGCGUAGCACCAUAUAGCACCAUAUAGAUGCCACCACCCCCCGCGUAAUCAACCCCGUAACCAGUUCCAGUUCCAUCCGCCCGCAAACAACACGCGCGAUCUGAAAACUCUAAAAAAAAUACAACAACAAAAAAAAAGUUAUACAAAAAAAAACAACAAAAAUAACAAUAGCAAACUCACGCGCUUUGUCGUUUUAUAACCCGCCCUCUUGACUGAUAAACGUCAGUUGAUAAAUAUAUAUCGCAUCACACCAAAAACAAACACACCAGCAAACAAACACCAAUUAUUCCAAUAAAGCCAGCGCCAAGUGCGAAUGCGCCCUCGAUUUGUAUGCCAUCAGCAGCACUCGGUUGCCCAUUCCUACUUCCAUCCCCAUUCCCAUACCCAUUCCCACUACCAUCGCCAUCCCAAUCCACAUCCACAUCCCCCCAAUCAUUCCCACCACAUUUACGGCCCCACUGACGUCAGUUAUCGGCGUUAUCGCACCGCUAACAUGGUGGUGGCCGAGGGAGUUAUGGACUCCGGAUCGGGGAUCGGUGAGGGAAUGGGCCACUUCAACGAGACCCCAUUAUCCGAACUGGGGAUCGAGACCCGCACCCAGCUGUCCCGCAUGCUGAACCGCAAGAAGGUGCUGCACUCGGAGGAGGGCUACCAGCGGGACUGGCGGGGCAUCUCCCAGUUGGCCAAGCAGAAGGGAUUCGUCGACGACAACGCCAACAAUCCGAUGGAUCUGCUGCUAAUUAGCUGGAGCCAGCGAAGUCCCAAAACAGCCGUGGUGGGAAAUCUCGAAAAGUACCUCGGCAUCAUCGAUCGAUGGGACGUCUGCGACGAUAUCCAAGAGAAUCUAGCCAAGGACACCCAACGCUAUAUCAUGAAACAGGAGCAGCGACAGACCUCUCUAAUAAAGGCGUGUCCUUCGCCCCCCAGUGACGGUUUGGAGACCAACAACAACUACAGCGACAACAUCACAAUGGGCCAAAGUGUCCAAAUCCUGAGCGAAGAAGAUCAGAGAUGUGUGGAAAUGGGUCAACCGCUGCCCAGAUAUCAUGCCUGUGUUUUAUAUGCAGAGGCAGACAUCGAUCAUGCCACAGAAAUCAUAAAUAUUCUAGAGUCUGAGCGAUACAAUCUCAGGCUCUUCCUGCGCAAUCGCAUGCUUUUGGGCGUUCCCUUCGAGCAUGUCCAACUCUCCCACUUUCUGGCCACCCGCUGUAAUAAACUGAUCGUCGUGCUCACAGAUGACUUUCUUCGGUGUCCGGAGAACGCAUUCUUCGUGAACUUCACCCAGAAGUUACAAAUCGAGGAUCAGAGUCGCAGAAUCAUACCGAUUCUGUACAAGCCGGACAUGCACAUACCACUGACCCUGGGAAUCUAUACGCACAUCAAGUACACCGGAGACAGCAAGUUGUUCAACUUCUGGGACAAGUUGGCGUAUUCGCUGCACGAUAUGGACACCUCUCAUACCCACUCCACGCCACAGGCUCAGACGCCCUCGCCGGUGGAGGAGUCGGCUCCAAAGCGGGUGACCACACCCAGCAUCCGGAUACAGAUCAACGAUAAGGAUGUCACUGAUAUGCCCAGCUACAACAGCGACAAAGUUCCGGAAGCAGAGACCACAAUGCUGACGAUUUCCGGCGAUACAAGUUCACCUUUACCCGAACACAAGCCGAAGAACAGUUUCCUGCGAAAGAUCACACAUAGCUUUGGGAAGACGCCACGGAACGAGGGGGCCAGUGCAAAGUCCCUGCGACACGCCCACUCCGUCAGCACCAUCAAUGUGACGGCACGGGAAAGGACACUCAGUGCCAGCAGCUCCAAUAUCUCCACCACGUCGGAGAGCAAGAAGAGCUCCAUCAAAUGGCAGCCGAAUAUCCUGAAGAAGGUCCUAUUCUCCCGGUCCAGCAGCAAGCUGCAGACGCCUGGUUGAGAUCGUAAUGUUUAAGGAUAGCCAUUCAUUCGAUUUCCUUGAUUCCUUGUCCAGUCUAGUUACGGCGGUAGAGUCGCCAACGUCGUCACCCUACAUGCUUAGUGAUAAUCCGUAGCCUAAUCCUUAUCAAAGUCAAACUAACUUAAUAUACUUAGACGCACUUGUUAACUUAUAUAAGACAACAACGAAUAAAGACAAUACCACAUA